CUCAGUGACACAUCACUUACAAGUCACACAUCACUCACAAGUCACACGUCACCGUGGCAGCCGCCAACAGCAGCCAGCAGAGAGUCCGGUGGCCGGAGGGGGCAGUGGUGCUGCCGAGAGGCGAGGUGACCCUCUCUCUCUCGCCGGCCGCCGUUCUGCAGCUUCAUGAACCGACCGGCGUCCGCCGCCGCUGCCUCCUGCGGUCUCCGUCGGCCGGUCGGUGCCGGCCUCCUCCUCCUGGGUGGUCGGCGGCCUACUGAUUCCUGAAGGCUGAAGCUGGCCCAGGAAUGUUUUGGGACCCUCCGUUUUGGGGCCCUCCGGUCGGUGCCGGCCUACUGAGUUCGAAGUGUGGUAAUGGAGAGGUGAUGGAUAACUAAUGGAGAAGCGAUGUAUAAUAAGAGUAAUAAAUUUAAAAUAUUGACUGUGAAGUUGAAGUGUGGUAAUCAUUAGUAAUAGUUCUCGUCGCCUGAAUCUCCAACGGUAUGAUUUUAGUUAAAAAUAAAUAAUAAAAAAAACUUGAUUAAGAAGAGAUGGGAGGUGACGACUGAUGAACUGUGCAUAACUCAGUUGGGGCUCCAGAGCUAACUCGCAUCUCUGUGGUUGUAUCAAUGAUGAAAGAGCAUCAAAUUCGAUUCUGCUAUUGCCAGAUGUACGCCCAUAUUGGAAAAGUACGAUGUCUCUGUUACCGUUCCCUUAGGGCUCACGGUUGUUGCCGUAAUCGACAGGUAUUCUUCCAUUCCGAAUCAAAAUACUCCCCCAACUCGAUGGUACUGAUCGAUAUGUUGUUUGCUUAUCGUAAACCCAAGCCCAUGCCAAAAUCAGCCCCUUCUCUCGGGAUAUCUGGAGAUGGAAGAUGCUUGUUCCGAUCUGUAGUUCAUGGUACUUGUCUGAGGGCAGGAAAGCACCCUCCUAGUGAAAGCCUUGAAAAAGAACUUGCUGAUGAGCUUAGAGAUAAAGUUGCUGAUGAAUUUAUCAAGAGGAGGAAAGAAACUGAAUGGUUCAUCGAAGGUGAUUUUGACGCAUAUGUUAUGCAGAUGCGACAACCACACAUUUGGGGAGGAGAACCGGAGCUUCUCAUGUCCUCGCAUGUCCUUCAGGUUCCUAUCACAGUUUACAUGCGGGAUAAAAAGUUUGAUUCUCUUAAGAUUAUAGCAGAAUAUGGUGAAGAGUACGGAUCGGAAAACCCAGUUCGUGUUCUAUACCAUGGUUAUGGACACUACGAUGCAUUGCAGAGUCCUUCUGUUACCACCCCACAGACAAAGUCAUACAUGAGAAGAUGGAAGUGAUGGUCAUCGCUUGCACUGGAUAUGGACUCUUUUAUCUUAUGCAUCACCCACCAACCAUUUUAACUAAAAUUCUUUGGCCAUGUAACAAAAUGUCUCCUUGGAUUUGCACUGAACUGCGGCGGUAUUAAUAUUUACCUUUUAGGGCUACCAGAUAACCACGUCUUUCUUCCAGAAUGGUAGAGAUGGCAACUGGGUAAUGGUAGAGAUGGCAACUGAGUCUGGCGGCCCAUGGGCUGGCCCGUCUCAUAGCCUGGCCCGGCCUGGCUAGAAGAAUGCGGACUGUGCCAGGUCAAUAAUCUGUGGCCCGUAGCCCACCAAAAUGCCCCAUGUGUCUGCCUACCAAAAAAUAAAAAAAAUAUUUCAAAAAUUAUGUACAGAUAUAAACAUAUUUUAAACUAAUUACUUAUAAACAUUUUAAAAAAUAUUUGUUAUAUAAAAAAUAUUUAAAACAUAAUUUAUUAAAAUAUUAUAUUUAAAAAAUUAAAACAUAGUUUCUUAAGGGCCACUGGUCGGCCCGACAAGCCCACAACCCUGCCUGACCUGCCUUGGCCCAUUUAUUAAGGGUGAAAGGCUGUGUUGAGUCCCAAUUUUCAUUGUCCAACCCAGCCUGACCAGGCCUGCCUCCCUCGCAGGUCAAAUUUGAUUUGACCCGCCAAAUAGGUGGGCUAAGCGAGAGGUGGGCCUGGCCAUCCGCCCAUUUGACAUCUCUACAGAAUGGUUUGGAUCUCAUGGCUCCAUUUUUGUUUCAGCUGGUACUGUUGUCAACAUCCUUCUGCCCAGCUGGAACAAAUUAAAAAAAAAAAGAAGAAGAAGAAGGUGAGGUAACAAAAACUUUUGGAAGAAUUAAUUUACUAAAAAAGUUAUUUUUAAUACAGUUUUCAAACUUUAACUGGGCCUUAAUUUUUUGAAAAAAUAAUAGAAACAAAAUGUAUAUGUAUUUUUCCCAAGACAUCGGUUGUGUUUAAUUUUUUUAUUAUUUAUUUUUUAUAUUAUAUAAAAUACAGAUAUCAUUGGAUACUCUUCAUCAUUUCUCAAAAUUGAGGGAGAUGCCAUGCAGCAGUGUUUUUGGGUACACGUGCCCCCUGUCUUUAAAUACCAAUUGCUCUGUCUGUUUCCUGAUAUUAUAUAUAUAUAUAUAUAAACCCUAAA